AGAGAGAGAGACGGCUGGUGUUAAAAACAGUGCUGAAGUCCAGCCCUAAAGCCUUUGAAGAAGGCCUGUUUCUGGGGAGUCAGGAUUGCAGGGUUUUAGACCUUGUCUGAAACCACUGCCAACCCCAGGGAUGGCUGACCGGCUGAGUAAUGUUCCCCCUCCCUGGAAGAAAUCCUUGCAAAGUGCUUGAACAUGUGCUUAAUCAUCAGGCAGCUGCCAAACUGGAGUUUUUGGUGUAAUGUGGGAGAUUGAUAGCUGUUUUCAGCAAGCCGAGUGAUACCCGAGCGCAUGAAACUUGUUGGGAAAUCCAGCUUCCUCCUUGUCUGGCUGCACCCAGGAUAAAAGGGCCCUGGUGUGGCCGUCUUCAUGCCACUCGGAUCCCCGAUCUCAGGAGCAGCAGGAGGCAGGCUUCAUCAAUCUAGGAAGGAUGUCCUACCAGCAGCUGCAGCAAUGCAAAGUCCCCUUUCAGCCCCCUCCCCAAGUCCCCAAGCCCCACCCCACCAAGGUGCCGGAGCCCUGCCCAUCUCCUGUCCCAGAGCCCUAUCCACCCGAGGGGCCUGGGCCUGCCCUCCCACCCGAGGUCCCGGAGCCCUAUCCACCCGAGGGGCCUGGGCCUGCCCUCCCACCCGGGGUCCCAGAGCCCUAUCCGCCCCUGGAGCCUGGGCCUGCCCUCCCACCCACCGUCCCAGGGCCCUAUCUACCCAAGGGGCCAGGGCCUGCCAUCCCACCCCCUGUCCCAGGGCCCUAUCCACCCAAGGGGCCUGGGCCUGUCCUCCCACCCCGGGUCCCCGAGCCCUAUCCACCCGAGGGGCCUGGGCCUGCCCUCCCACCCCAAGUCCCAGAGCCCUAUCCACCCGAAGGGCCUGGGCCUGCCCUCCCACCCCAGGUCCCAGAGCCCUAUCUGCCCGAGGGGCCUGGACCUGCCCUCCCACCCCAGGUCCCAGGGCCCUAUCCACCCAAGGGGCCUGGGCCUGCCCUCCCACCCCAGGUCCCAGGGCCCUAUCUGCCCGAGGGGCCCGGGCCUGCCCUCCCACCCGGGGUCCCGGAGCCCUAUCCGCCCCUGGAGCCUGGGCCUGCCCUCCCACCCACCGUCCCAGGGCCUUAUCCACCCAAGGGGCCUGGGCCUGCCCUCCCACCCGGGGUCCCGGAGCCCUAUCCGCCCCUGGAGCCUGGGCCUGCCCUCCCACCCACCGUCCCAGGGCCCUAUCCACCCAAGGGGCCUGGGCCUGUCCUCCCACCCAGGGUCCAGGAGCCCUAUCCGCUCAAGGGGCCUGGGCCUGUCCGCCCACCCGGGGUCCAGGAGCCCUAUCCGCCCGAGGGGCCUGGGCCUGCCCUCCCACCUGGGGUCCAGGAGCCCUAUCCACCCGAGGGGCCUGGGCCUGUCCUUCCACCUGGGGUCCCGGAGCCCUAUCCGCCCCUGGAGCCUGGGCCUGUCCGCCCACCCGGGGUCCAGGAGCCCUAUCCGCCUGAGGGGCCUGGGCCUGCCCUUCCACCUGGGGUCCAGGAGCCCUAUCCACCCAGGGGGCCUGGGCCUGUCCACCCACCCGGGGUCCAGGAGCCCUAUCCACCCGAGGGGCCUGGGCCUGCCCUCCCACCUGGGGUCCAGGAGCCCUAUCCACCCGAGGGGCCUGGGCCUGCCCUCCCACCUGGGGUCCAGGAGCCCUAUCCACCUCUGGAGCCUGGGCCUGUCCUCCCACCCGGGGUCCAGGAGCCCUAUCCACCCAGGGGGCCUGGGCCUGUCCUCCCUCCCGGGGUCCAGGAGCCCUAUCCACCUGAGGGGCCUGGGCCUGUCCUUCCACCUGGGGCCCCGGAGCCCUAUCCACCCCUGGAGCCUGGGCCUGCCCUCCCACCUCCCAGCCAGCAGAAAUGCUCCCCUGUGCAGCAUCCCCCGUGCCAGAAGAAGCACCUGCCAAAGCAGAAGUGACAGCUCUGAAGCCACCACGCCCUCAGCCUGGGCAUGAGCUGCUGCAUCGUCUCCAGCCCCCCGACUCCUUCCUUCCAGCAACUUCAGGGAACACCACAGAUCCCCAGGGACUCUACCUCUCAGCUGACUCUGAAGAGAAUGGCAGCUCCAUUCACAGGUUUUCCAGACAAUGAUUCGACUGGCUCCCGUCAGCUUCCAUAACUAGAAAGCAGACGGAAGAGACUGCCGCACCCUGUGAUGCAGGCCUUCCCGGCACCACACGGGCACAUCCGCGGUGGUCAGGGUGGCCGUCCGUCCAGACGCCGCUGCCACCCUGCCCGUCUGCUCCCUCGUAAGCCUGAGAAGAUCAUCGAAUGGUGGAAGCUUCCUCCUCGGCUCUGCCUCCUGCAAUUUUCUGAAUUUUUUGAAGUUUGAGAAGCCAAAAUGCUUUCAAAUAACUGACCUAAAUUAUUGGGACGUUCCUCCAAGUUCGCCCCCAACCCCGAUACUGUCCCAUACUCUUCAGUUAUGACAACAGGGCCUUCUGUUCCCCAUCACCUCCCUGGUCACCCCUUCAUCUCGAGACAGCUGACACCGUGUGGACACCCCCAGCUCUGUGAUGUCAUGACCUCCCCCUUCCCCUUUCCUUUAGUAAAUUCAGGUGUUCCUACGUG